AUGCUUCUCUACACACAACCACGUCUGCCCAAGUACCAGGAGAUGUCCGUACGCAUCGGUGGGGAGCCGGAAGUUCCGUACCUUGACCGGAAUUGGCAGGGAACAUGGCAAUUCAUGUCCGUCAAGGCCCUUCAGGAACCACGCAAAAAGAUUGGCAUUCCGGACGAGCUGGAGUCGGCUUUCAACGUCUUGUUGUACUGUGCCAUCCGGUACCUUCCUCACAACUGCGACGACGUGGGCAGAUUCAUGCACAAGUACUUCGACGACGGGGAAAUCGCAGACGACGAACAUACGGGGUUCACAUCUGGCAUGCUCAAGACACAGGUCAUCGAGUCAGGCAGACUGUCUGCUUCGAACCACGUUCCCAUCGUCUUCCUUCAACCUCCCCUACCGACACUUCCUACGGUUUUAUCCACCUUAGUAUCUCCCUUCGUUGUUGUCCCUUCAGACGCGCUGCAUCCUCGAGCUCCGCGGAGCCCAUGUACCACCACCCCGUCGUCUCCGUCUGAACCGAAAGGACGGCCCACACCAGCCCCGGGCUCCUCGCAGGGCGGCGACCGACACCCCAUUGAUCACAUGCUCCAGGAGCUACUGCUGCUUUUUCAAGCAUUCUACGAGUACCAGCGACCGCCCCUCCCCAAAGACAAGCCAAUAGAAAUGUCAGAGCUCGCGCUAGAGAUGUUCGUUGAAUUCUUCGGUCGUCAUGCAAGGGAUUUGACAUUCCCCAAAGCCCCAAAGCCGGAUCCCUCUGAGCCUAGCAAGGAGUCAGUUGCCCUGCAGGCUCGGGUCGCUCUCGAGAAGGAGGCACAGAAGCUCACAACGCACGACGAAGUGGUCAACAUCCUUCACUGGGCUCUCCACGAGGGCGCGGAUUUUUGGCCAGAUGAAGACAAGCAGGCCGACCAGCUCUACUCCGUACGAUCAGCAGACAAGAAUAUGCAACUCCAGGAGGAUGUACCGAAGCCCGGAAAACGCAUCGCGUCUCACGACGGAACCUCUGAACUUGAACCCGGCCGCAAGCGGGUCCGCACUGUCGCAAUGUCCUAG